GAAGCACUUGAUGUGAGACUCCGGACGGGCCGUGUUCACGUGGCGAGCCCCGGGAGAGCGCGCUCCCGCCCAAAGCCGCCCGUCUGUCCUGCACCGACCGGGAAGCGUCGCGUCGCGUCGCACCGCACCGCAUCGCACCGCACCGCGGAGAGACGCGCACAUCGCGGUGCCGCAUUUGCUCCCCCCGCGCCGGUCCUUCACAUCUGUCCGCAGUGGCGCGGACAUCAUCAUGUCGCACUUCGAGCGGCGCUGCAACAAAGAGGAGGACCUGCCCGUGUACCUGGCCCGACCUGGCAGCGCGAGCCAGAGCGCGAGCCAGAGCCCGCGGCAGAAGUCCUACGGCAUGUUCUCGUCCGUGGAGGGAGCCUUCGAGAACAAGAGCAUCGCGCUCGAGUCCUACUGCGCGCAGCGGAAGCGCAGCCGGAGCAGAGAGAACCUCGCGGACGGAGACUCGGGGGGGUCCGUGCUCAGCUGCCCCCCCAGCGACAGGCAGGGGGACAGGAGGACCCCCGGGCUCGAGAUCGAACGGCCCUCAGGCGAGGAGUUUCUUCGGCGGGACGAGCGCGGCGGACAGAGUGACCGCCUGCUUAUCAAGGGAGGCAGGGUCGUCAACGAUGACCUGUCCUUCUUCGCUGACAUCUACCUGGAGGAUGGGGUGAUAAAGCAGCUUGGUGAAAACCUCAUUGUCCCUGGUGGGGUGAAGAUAAUCGAGGCUAAUGGACGCAUGGUGAUACCAGGGGGCAUUGAUGUCAACACCUGUCUACAAAAGCCUUAUCUGGGCACCCAGACCGUGGACGACUUCUUCCAGGGUACCAAGGCCGCGCUGGCUGGGGGCACCACCAUGAUCGUUGACCAUGUGACCCCCCAGCCUGGUGCCAGCCUGCUGCAAGCCUUUGAGAAGUGGCAAGAGGCGGCGGACAAGAAGUCGUGUUGUGACUACUCCCUCCACGUGGACAUCCCGCACUGGCAUGAGGGUGUCAAGGAGGAGCUGGAAGUGCUGGUGCAGGAGAAAGGAAUCAACUCCUUCCAGGUGUACAUGGCUUACAAGGACCUCUACCAGAUGACAGACACUCAGCUGUACGAGGCCUUCUCUUUCCUCAAGGAGCUCGGCGCGGUGGUGCUGGUCCACGCGGAGAACGGCGACCUCAUCGCUCAGGAGCAGAGCAAGAUCCUUGGCAUGGGAAUCACUGGGCCUGAGGGUCAUGCGCUGAGUCGACCCGAGGAGCUGGAGGCUGAAGCUGUGUUCCGUGCCAUCACUCUGGGCAACCGGGUCAACUGUCCCGUCUACAUCACCAAAGUGAUGAGCAAGAGUGCGGCCGACAUCGUGGCCCUGUCCAGGAAGAAAGGGUCGGUCGUGUUCGGGGAACCCAUCACCGCAAGCUUGGCAACGGAUGGAACGCACUACUGGAGCAAGAACUGGGCCAAGGCUGCAGCGUUCGUCAUGUCCCCGCCGCUGAGCCCUGACCCCACGACACCGGACCACCUCAACUCCCUGCUGGCCUGUGGAGACCUGCAGGUGGUGGGCAGUGCCCACUGUGCCUACAGCACUUCCCAGAAGGCCAUUGGAAAGGACAACUUUACCCUGAUCCCUGAGGGAACCAAUGGCGUGGAGGAGCGCAUGUCCUUCGUGUGGGACAAGGCCGUGGCUGUGGGCAAGAUGGACGAGAACCAGUUUGUGGCUGUGAGCAGCACCAACGCUGCCAAAAUCUUCAACCUCUAUCCCAGGAAGGGCAGGAUAGCGGUGGGCUCCGAUGGGGACAUCGUCAUCUGGGACCCCGAUAAAAUGAAGACCAUCACAGCCAAGACGCAGCAGUCGGCUGUUGAGUACAACAUUUUUGAAGGCAUGGAGUGCCGAGGGGGCCCCCUGGUAGUCAUCAGCCAAGGGAAAAUCGUCUACGAGGAUGGGAAGCUGCAUGUCCAGCAGGGGGUAGGACGCUUCAUUCCACGCAAGCCUUUUGCCGACUACAUCUACCAGCGCAUCACGAUGAGGAGCAAGACGAUGGCGGCCCGCGGCGUCUCUCGGGGCAUGUAUGACGGCCCCGUGUACGACAUCCCCGCCACCCCCAAGUACGUGACCCCCGCGCCGUCCACCAAGACCUCGCCGGCCAAGAACCAGCCCCCGCCCAUUCGGAACCUGCAUCAGUCCAACUUCAGCCUGUCAGGGCCGGACUCUCAGCAGUCGGAGGGUAACACAAAUACAAGCAAACAUUACAAGCACACAGCAGCUAUAGGUGCCCAGGUGGACGACAACGUGCCCCGUCGCUCGGGGCACCGCAUCGUGGCCCCCCCCGGCGGCCGCUCCAACAUCACCAGCCUUGGCUGAACUCCUGCACUUUUGUGGAGGGGAGGGGAAGGGAGGGGAGGGCCUAAGUCUGCCAGCGACGGCUCAGUGAGGGAAGCUGUGUGGUUCCUUUCUGUCUGUGUGUUUUUUCUGCCCAACUUUCCCAGCGUUUUUAAAAAAAAAAAAAAAAAAAAAGGUGCGUCCACCUGUCCGAUAGAAUACAGUGAGUGUAGUGUUACGUUCUUACUCGUUUUACUACGAAAACUCUCACGCCCUAGUAACAAGCAUGGUGCUUCAUCAGCCGCGCCCCGUCCCCCUCUAGUGGCCACAAACAGAAGUACAUCAGUAUUGUUGGUUAAUGGAAAACUGGUAUCGUUGCACUUCCUUCGUGUGAUUGAUUGGAUAGUUGGUUAGUUGCAUGUAGAUAGAUAUGCGUUUUUGAUGUAGAGACAAGUUUUUGUAAUUUAAUUUUGCAGAGUAUGCUAGGGUUUCGACCCCCCGUGUCACACCGCGCAACAGCGAAGGUGACCGCCGCCUUUCAGGAGGGGGCUCGCUGACGCCCCGGUGGAGCCGCUCUGCUGACCGUGACUGCACCCCCGCCCCCGACAGACACCAGACCACGUCUGCGCUUUGUCUUCGUCUAGAGCCGCACAGCUGUGCGUCUGUCUUCCUGUUGAUGAAAAACCAUCGACGUAGAGUAAGCACACACACCGCCAUGGGGGCGCUACCAUUUACCCUAUUUACACUGUCCUUUGGGGUGCCUCAUGCUCUUACCAUGACAUAUUUAUUACUUUUUUAUUUUACAGAUUUACUUUAUAUACAAACUCAUUAUAAUAACAUACCAUCUUGUUUUUGACAUUGUUGUGUAUUGUCUUAAUAAAUACUCGUGAAAUAAAAUAGUGGAAAAAACA